AUGUUACAGUUCUCGAUUUGCAGUUGGAAGACGGUCUCAGCUCUGGUAUCGAUGAAGAGGAGUGACCCCUAUUUUUGCCGCCGCAUCUCACCACCAGCUGGCACCAGCUGGCACCAGCUGGUCUCGAAGCCGACCUCGGCCGGCUCCUGCACUACCGAUGGCGGAUACUGUCGGAAUCUGACUAGAUUCGAAUCCGCUCAACCGUGCAUCCUUGCAUUUCUCUACACAGCGACUUUUGGAAAAGAAAUUCCACGAAAGAGCGCCUAUUCUCAGUCGCCACACCGCAUCUACCAACCCCUGGCUGGAUCUUACCAGAGCAUCACGGUCAGGUGUUGGGACGGCCUCGUUAUGAAAGAGGACGAGAAUCCCGGUCUCGUUUACGAAGCCGAGGACGGCCCGGACCUGCUACACUGCUCACAACUUCCGCUCGUGCUGAUUCACGAUGGCGGCGGCACAUGCUUCUCUUACUACUGCCUGAAUCCUAUCGGCCGUCUCGUCUACGAGAUCCACAAUCCACACUUUUAUUCAGGCAAGCCAUGGCCGGGUGGCAUCCCUGAAAUGGCCAGGCACUACGUCGAGCUCAUGCGCAACGUAGUGCCGCAUGGCCGGAUCCUCCUAGGAGGGUGGUCGCUCGGCGGGCUGCUCUCGAUCGAGAUGGCACGCGUGCUGGCAGACGACCCCAUGUUCACAGUCAUCGGCAUUGUCAUGGUGGAUAGCAUCUGCCCGAGCGCCUACGCGACAAAGACAGGGGUCGCCAAGGCUGCCAUUGUGCCAUUCAAGCACCAGUUUGGGCCCAACACGAAACAGGAGACGAUCGAGGGUGUCGAGAGGUGUUUUGUCGAGGCGAGGAAGUCAGUUGAGACGUGGCGCAUGCCUCGGUGGGACGAUUCGGAUAAGGAGGACAACGACACGGUUGAAAAUGACACGAAUGGUGCAGACUCGCUGCGUGCUCACAGAUCAUCGUCGAGCAUCAAGUGCCCGCCAACGAUCCUGCUCCGCGCGAGAGAAGCUGUGCCAACAGAACCAGACCAGGUGAGCUUCGUUGACGUGACGCGGAACAGUAGAAGCCUUGGCUGGGAAGAAUAUCAGAAGGACUUUCUGGAGGAAAUUGUUAACAUCCCCGGCCAUCAUUUCUCCGUUUUCGCUUGGGAGCAUAUCGACCAUGUCUCAGAGAAAUUGAUGGAAGCAUGCGACAAUCUUGAGAAGAUGGCGACGAGAACAGCCUCUCGAUGGCCCGGAUUCCAGGCCACCGCAAGUCUGGCUCUUGCACUGCGCUGCAUCCCCUGGCAUUGGAAGACCGAACACCCCUCGCGUGCAUUAGGAGAGCUUCGAGUCUGGGCGGACGCCCUCUGUAUCAAUCAGCAUGACCUGGCGGAAAGGGCCCAGCAGGUGCAGCUCAUGGACCGCAUCUAUUCCGAUGCAGAGCUAGUCAUGUGCUGGAUGCCAGACGGGACCAGGCGGCCCCUUGACCCUCGGCCAUUUAGUGAUGACAUACAGGAUGACUUGCUGAGCACCGCGUUUCGAACCCUUGAGCUUAUCAACAGGGAGCUUCGCUUGGUGGAGGAAGAAGCUGAGGCUUCAUCUCCCCCGGCGUUUGGCAAUCUUGAAUAUCAGGCAGUGGCCUGUCUCGGGUCACGCUCACUGGACACCUCGACACAUGGAAGUGACGACGACCACGUGUAUGGUCUGCUCGAUGUAACUGACAUCGACAUCCGAGUCAAUUAUUCCGAACAGACAACUGUUGCUAAGGACACAGCAGCCGAAGUCGCAGUGUCUGGGAUGAAGGCGCUGUGGGUCCUCGGCCUUGCCGGACUGAGGCCUGAUUGUAACCACAAUAGCUGCCAGCACUUCUCGUCUUCGGCGCCUAAGUUCCCGCACUCUCAUCACAACAGGUCCGACUACGUGUUCUUUACCAAGGUAAAUGCCGACGAUGGCGUGUUCUCGGACGGUCAAUGUCUGAAAAUGAGCUAUAUCCAGGGCCCUUCGCUUUUCGUGACUGAACUUGUUAUUGAUUCUGUCCGCGAGACAUAUCCACAUGUCGUAAAGUCCAGCGACAUCUUCGAGUUGAUAUCAGACCUAUUCUAG